AUGGAAAUUUAUUCAUCAAUAAGAGAUCCAAGUAAUGUUGUUCAUCGAUGGGUUUUUGAUUUUGAAUUGUUAUUAUUUAAUGAACAAAAUUUUUUAUCAAUCGAAAAUUUUAUGUACAAUUGGUGGUGGUUAAGUAUUCCAUUUGCAUUAUUUUAUAUUAUUGCUAUAUUUAUUGGUCAAAUAUGGAUGAAGAAAACAAAUAAAAAAUUUGAAUUAAGAAAAGCAUUAAUUAUUUGGAAUGUUUUUCUUGCUGUAUUUAGUUUUUGUGGUGCAUGUCGAUGUGUACCUGAACUUUUAUAUUCAUUGAAUAAACAUGGAUUUUACCAUUCAUUAUGUAAUCCAAUAUUGAAAAAAGGUGUAACAGGAUUAUGGGUAUGGUUAUUUAUUAUUUCAAAAGCACCUGAAACAAUUGAUACAUUAUUUAUUGUGUUACGAAGACAACAAUUAAUAUUUCUACAUUGGUUUCAUCAUGCUUCAGUACUUAUUUAUUGUUUCUAUAGUUAUGGACUAUUUGCACCGAGUGGUCGUUGGUUUACAUCGAUGAAUCUAUGUGUUCAUACAAUAAUGUAUAGUUAUUUUGCAUUACGAGCUGCUCGUUUUCGAGUUCCUCAAUUUAUUCAACAGUCUAUUACAGUUCUUCAACUUAUUCAAAUGCUUAUCGGUUGUAUAGUUAAUAUUGCUGUAUACAAAUAUAAACAAGAUGGAUAUUAUUGUAUGACGUCGAAUAGUAAUAUAAUAGUUUCACUUGUACUUUAUAUUAUUUAUCUAAUUCUUUUCGCACAUUUUUUUUAUUUAAGUUAUUUACAAAAGGGAAUGCAUAAAAAUAUGAAAGAACGUAUAGAAUAA